GUCCGCCGCGCCCGUGUCGAGUGCUGAGCGCGAGGACCUGCCGCCGCCGAACGAUGAGGCUGCUGCUGCUCUGCGCACUCGUGACGGCAGUCACCGCCGUCGAGGAGAACCGGAUCGACGACUCCAGCGACUUGUCCCCCUGGACGUGGCGGUGCGAGUCGGGCCGCUGCAUGCGCCGGCCAGUCGACGAGGCGACGGACGGCAUGCAGUUCAACAGUUGUAAGCUGACGUGUGGCGACCUGUCGGUGGUGUGGCCGCGGCCGACCGGGCCGGCCAUGUUCGGCAAGAAGACCGUGCCCUUCCUCCUCGACCGCGUCAAGUUCACGCUGACGGCUCCCGGGCCGGUGAAGCCCAUGCUGCAAGAGGCCACUGAGAUCUUCCUCAGCAACUUGCGGGUGCUGCAUCCGGUGCUGAAGCAUCCGCAGAAGGCGGGCUGCACACGCGCCGGCCACUGCCCGCCGGCACUGGCCGAGCGCUUGCUGCGCGUAGUCGUGGUGGUUGACUCCGACAUCGUCCGGUUGAGCGUCAACACCAGCGAGUUCCACCAGGUGCUCAUCAACCAGACGCAGGACGGCGACAUGAACGUGCUCGUGUACGCACCGACCUUCUUCGGCGCGCGCCACGGUUUGGAGACGGUCUCGCAGCUUAUCAACUACGACGAUCAGCACGCCUGUCUGCAGGUGAUCAACAUGACCAUGCUGAGCGAUGCGCCCGUCUACCCGGUGCGCGCGCUCACGAUCGACACGGCGCGCAACUUCAUCUCGCUGGCCGGCCUGCGGCGCACCGUCGACGCCAUGUCGAUGAACAAGCUGAACACACUGCACUGGCACAUCACCGACACGCACAGCUUCCCGAUCGAGGUUGGGCGCGAACCGCGCAUGGCACAAUACGGCGCCUACUCACCGCAGGAGGUGUACACGGCGACAGAGGUGCGCGACCUGGUGAGCUACGCCCAGCAGCGCGGCGUCCGUCUGCUGCCCGAGCUGGACGCGCCCGCCCACGUCGGCUACGGAUGGCAGUGGGGCGAGAAGGCCGGCCUCGGCAAGCUGGCCGUCUGCGUCGGUGAGGAGCCGUGGACUCAGUAUUGUGUCGAGCCGCCUUGUGGGCAGAUGAACAUCAUAAAUGAGAACAUGUACAAGGUGCUGGAGAAGAUCUACGCCGACUUCAACGACAUGUUCGAUCCGGACAUCUUCCACGUAGGAGGCGACGAGAUUAACCUGAACUGCUGGAAGUCGACGCCCGAGAUCGCCGCAUACGUCAAGGAUCACGGCGGUGACCCGACCGACGACCACGAGUACAUGAAUCUGUGGGUGGAGUACCAGUCGCGCGCGGCCGACAUCUGGCGGAACGUGAGCGGCCACGCCAUGCCGCUGGUGCUCUGGACCAGCGACCUGACGGCCAUGCCGUCACGAGCCUCGCGUCUCACGCCGCACCAGUACUGGAUCCAGGUGUGGACGACCGGUGAUGACGCGCAGAUCGGCGAGCUGCUCCGGCAGGGCUUCAAGGUCAUCAUGUCCAACUACGACGCCUGGUACCUGGACUGCGGCUUCUCGGCCUGGGUCGGCAGCGGAAACAACUGGUGCUCGCCUUACAAAAGCUGGCAGACGGUGUACGACAACAGCCCGCGCGCCAUCGCGCGCAGCUUCCAGACGAAGGUCGACGGGGGCGGCGCGGCGCACGACUACGCCGACCUCGUCGUGGGCGGCUCGGCGGCGCUCUGGGCUGAGCAGUCGGACGACCAGACCCUCGACCAGAAGCUGUGGCCACGCGGCGCCGCGCUGGCCGAGCGCCUCUGGGCAGAACCGGAGACGGGCUCGGCCGAGGCGCUCACUCGGUUCGUGCACCACCGCGAGCGCAUGGUGGGCCGCGGCGUGGCCGCCGAGUCCCUCCAGCCGCAGUACUGCCACCUGAACGACGGCGUGUGCCUGUAGCGCGGUGCCGCGCCGGGGCUGGCCACGCAGGCGGCGCAAGCAGCUGGGCACGGCAACCGCGCCAGCAGGGCGGGCCUCGUCUUCCACUGGCGGGGUGACGGGGAUUUAGUAGUGGCGCUGCUCGCCGUUAGGUGUCAGCUCCAGGUGUCGCUUAAAGUGCGGUCUCCGCCGGUAGGUGUCGCGCCGGUCGGCUACCAACGAUUGUCUGUGAUGUCUGUCGCGUUGUCGCUUGUGUCGGUAAGCACGCUCUCCAUGGGCUGCAGCGUUUGACAUCAAGCUGCCAUAAAUAGUAAUGUUUGGGAGAUUAAGUUCCCGGAGGUAGCUGGUGCUGAGGUCGAGUACUUUAUAUCCGAGCAAUUUGUGUGGUUUUAGAGAUUCUGGCCACUAAUCAUUUGCAUCACAUUCUGGUCACCAAUCGGGCCCAAAGCUCCAUGUUUUAAACCUUGCACGGCACACGUUUAAGUUUGCAUGAUUGUGAUCGGGUAGGUCGUGAUGUGCCAUGUGUAAUUCUGUCGCCGUUGGUUCGCCACCCAUUUCAGAUUUUGCGACACGAGCUGCGCGCUCAACGUUGUCGCCAAACACUCAGUGGAGGAAUGAGCGUGCAGUAAGGCAGGGUGGUAAGGCCGUGCGAGUAGCUGUUUUGGUUUUGUGCAACUUCGGAAUUCCUGGGACUAGCAAACGUCUGACGCGGGUGGUUGUUAGGUUGCUAUGUUAGUGCCGUUUAAUUAGAUUGUCUCUUCUCCUCCCUUUAUUAUGCCGCUAAUAGCCUUAAAACAUAAAGGAGAGAGCCCUUUCUCAAUAUAUGACAGCUGAAGGGGUGCACGUUGUGUCGGUUGUCUUCAGGUCCCAGAUAAGCUGGACGCAUCAUGUGUGUCAUCUGAAUGGAUCCGUGGAAAAAACACGGCUGUUAUGAGAGGUAGAAAUGCUGAGCAUAGUCAUCACAAGCUAUCUGAUAGCGAUGGCAAAAAAACGUUGAUAUUAGUUAGCUGUGCAGUCGGCUGAUUGCAGUGUUAGUAGAAAAUGGUUGUGACUUUGCUAAAUGUAUGCAUAGCUGAAAUCGUGGUGCUUCCUGGACGUCGCGGCAGCGAGAAUCGGUUAUAAUAUCGUGUCGAAUCUGCAUCCCUGCGUGGAGCAUUGUAACACCAGUCUGACCCCACAGCAGGACACUGCGUCCAGUGCGGUCGGGUGCAUAUUCAGGAGGAAUUACUGGUAUGGCUGUAGGUGUUGGCGGAAGCACAAAACAUCGAGUGUAUGCUUCAAUAAAUGCAUUGUAAUGCUCCUGGUUG